AUGGCUUCUACCACCAUCGUUGACAAUCAAGCUCUUCGACGCUUCCGGUCAGCGGCGAGGAUGCUCUUCCUGGCUUACGCCACUAAACAGCAUUUCGAUGGUCAUCAUGACUGUGCUCAUGAACUCGUAUUGGAUACGUUUUUACAAAUGUGCAAAGAGAGAGGCGAUGGACAUCGGAUGUUUUUUCGAAGCCUUGGAUUCGAUUUCGAACGCGUUCACGAGACCGCCUCACCAGUGUAG